GGGUAGAUACGCUUUACAGUUUUGCUGUGAUAGUAAGAGGAUUGCAAGGAACUGAAUAGAAAACGCUUCAUCCCAAUUGAAAUUCAUCGAUUAUAUCCAUGUUAUUUAGACGUCAGCAGGAACAGAAGAUAAUGGCGUUACAUAGCCUGCUGCUACUUCUGUUGGGAGUGCGGUGGUCAACAGGCGGCCAGGUGUACACUUUUUUUCUCAAUAUCAAGGAUCGACUGCACGAGGACUGGGUUGCGGACGAAAUACAACCGGUGACGAGGACCGAGUGCGCGACCUUCUGCUAUCAGAGGGGCACUUGCGAUUUCUUUGGCUUCAAGGACAGCCAUUGCCUCCUGCUGAAGGACACCUUGGACGGAUGCACCGGGGAGGAAUGCCCCGAAGUCCUCGGCAUGAAGAUAUACGAGCUCAGGAAAGAACCUAUUCCGACCACAAUGACACCUGCAGUAACAACAGAAGAAUCUACAACAGAAGAUCUCAAAACUACAACGCAGGAAGUCACAACAACGACAACUCUUAAGCCCGCUAUCAGCACCGAAAGCAGCAGUACUAAACCUACAACUACCAUCAAACCUGCAACGUCAACUACGGAAGAACCGACAACAACCUCAACUACUACGACAACAACUACAGAGGAGUCAACAAUUAAAACCACUACCACUACUACAUCAAAGCCUACUACGACUACCACAAAGGAACCUACAACAACUACUACAAAAGAACCAACAACAACUACCACAAAAGAACCAACAACGACUACAACAAAAGCAACAACAACUACCACAGCAAAACCAACCACAACCACAACAGAGCAACCGAUAACUACUACUACCACGGAGCAAACCACAACCACUACAGGGGCCACCACCACCACGACAGAGGGGAAGAAAUUCAGCUGCGACCCUCCCAAAGGAGCUGAGGCCCAGGCGGAGUGCCCGAUGGACACUAUGCUGCUAAAUGCCCUUGGAUCGAAAUCUCCAUUCUUUGGGGAUGCUCUGUCGCCGAAAUGCUACGACUUCAAAGAGAACAUCUACGACAAGGACAUUGAUGAUGUGUAUUACUUCUUCUCUGUUGAUGGCGGAAUCACCAUCAAUGCUCAAUGCCCGGGGAAGCAUGAUGUCGUCAUCAGUUAUGCUCUAUGCGUGAUAGAUGCGCACAUUCCAGCCAUCGUACUGCAUUGCAGUCCAAUCAGAGACCCGGAUCGAAUUCUGGAUAUCUUCAACACGACCAGCGAGGGAAUGAAAGAUACGCUGGUAAACUGUGACUCGAAGGCAGGAUUCCAAAAAAUGUUCUUCAGAGACGCCGACGGCAAAGGUGUCGUGACAAGGGUCAUUUACCAGUGCGUUCUCUUCGACGUACCGGAUGAUGAGCUAGAUUCGGCGCUCGGAGACAACAAGCCGGACCAAGUGGGUUAAACUUCACAGCAGCUGAUCUAAUUGUAGAGUUCAGCGAAAAGUGCUGCUUAUUCUAGAAAUUUGUUUUUAUCAGAGACAAAAGUUUCGUUUGAGUUACUGAUUCAAAAUACAAAAGAAUAGAUUUAAUUCUGGAAAUCCUCCAAUUCAAUCUAUCCGUCAGUGGUUAUAGCAUGAAACUUUAUAGUUUUUUUUAUGAAAUCGCUAAUGUUGUGUUUUUAGCGAUAUGUCAGAGAAUAAGAAGUCACAGGUCACUUGAAGCGAUAAUUUUGAUAAUUAGAUAAAUCGAUCUAUCUGUUUACGAAUCAUUGGAAUAUUCCAGAAGUGAAAGCCACGAAGUGUUUCCUUCUCUGAAGUCAUAUCUUUAUCACAAAGGCUUAAACUCGCAUACAAUAAUACCAGCUGCAACGAACGAGAAAAAUGGCCACACUUUGUUAUCGAACAAUUUCAAUGAUGCUUAAACAAUGGAAAGCUCCAUUCAAAACAUCAACAAAUUUGAAUGCUAUAAAUAUUCUACAAUUUCCACAUUUUUAGAAACUUAUUUUACACAAUGCUGGUGACUUCACCAAACGACAAUAAACUUUUUAAGCUGAUAUAAAUGUCGUAUCGAUUACAAUUAUAUUGUUGUAGUUAUUAAAUUUGCAUUUCUUAUUAUAUGCAUUUUGAAAUAACUUCUUAGACACUGAUGUUAAAAAUUGGCAAAAAUUGACAUCUUAAUAUGAUAACGAUAUACUAUCUAUGAAAUCCACAAGUUUUCAAAUGUACACAACUUCCAAAUGCUUGUUAUAUGAUUGGAACCUCACUUGUAUCACCUUAAACUCUCAAACUAUUUGUCUGCUUGAAGCUUUUUCUGAAAUAUUGUUAAAAUUAUGAUUAAUCAAAUUAGCAUUAAAGUUUGAAGUAUGUUUAAUGGGUUAAAUUUACGAACAAGCAUAUAAUUUCGAAACUUCUAAGAGUAACAUGCUCUUACAGUCCCA